AUGUUCAAAGGAGGCAUUUUCAAACCAAAUGACGAAAACGUGGUUCAUUUUUAUUUCGAAAAGCCUGGAUUUCCAUCCGGGCCAUUCAAAAAGGUUGGUAUGUCAGCCGACGGGGCAGUGUAAAUUGCCGACUGCGGACUAUUGUUUUUAGGGUUAGAAAAGAAUGGGACUAUUGUUGUCACAUACUCAUUUGCAUGGUGAAAGCAAUAGUCCACAGUCUAUGUUUGACACUGACUGGUUGUGAUACUCAGCAUUUCAACAGAAUUACAAGCAUUCAAAUUUGCCCAUUUUUAUUGAGACCCUGUUAGGGUAAAAUUGUGACAAGUGUCACUGCAUUGAAAUGGCGACGCAAGACUGCUGAAAUAGUGGUGAACAACACAUGGAUGGGCUGACCCAGCGACAGCACCAAAGAAAAGCCCAAAUACAUUAAUCAAAUAUAGACAGGGACAUGGUUUCCUCCUCAAAAUGCAAAACAACAGGUUUUAAAAAUUCAGACUGAGGAUAUAUAUACCGCCCCCCUCUCUCUAAAAGAGGGUCUCAUUAUAGAAAGUUUCCCAAAGUGUAAAUUUUCCCUCAGUCCUGCAAAUUAUCACAAUUGGUGUUUCAGCUAGUCCAAUUCCUGACAGGUUGUUAUCAUUCCCUCCUUGGAAAAUAAAGUGUUAUGGUUUCAAUAGCAGAGUGCAGGGACAAAGUCAAGGAAAAUGGGAACAACCUGGUGUGUUUAAUCAAAUAGAAGUUUGGGUAUGAAAUUUAGGAUAAUGUAGGCCAUUUUUCUUACUGGACCUUGGUUUUUUAAAGUGAAAGUUGCAUCUGCUAGAUUAAAUUUUCAAGAAUAUAGUCAUCAUAAUUCAAGGGCAUUAGAUCUUUGCUUAAACAAACUGUGUGUUUUCAUUUUCUUUCUACAGACAGUCAGUAAGUAUAUGAAUGGUCUGCUGAAUACAAAGGGUGGAGUAUUGGUGUUUGGAGUGCGGCCCAGAACAGGUAUACUCCUCCAGCCCUCUUUUCUAAAGGCCCCCAUUUUUUACAAAAUGCAGGGCUGUGCUCUAGCAGAGCCCACUGGCCCCUGAUGCCCAACGUUUACUUUCAGGCGGCUAAAAAAUCUUACUUUUUUCAUACAAGUCAUAAUAUCUAGGGUGCUUAGCAUAUUAUGCUAAGCACCAGAAAUAUUUUACAGGUUCACAGCACUGGGUUGACCCUGCGAUUUUCCUCAUAGCACAGCCUUGAAAAGAAAGUUAAUAAGUACACCCCUCUCUUUUAAUCCCACUCCCCUCCCCCACCCUUAUUAUUCUUAACAAUGGAAUUAAUAAGUUAUAGACUGUGUCAAUAUUAUUGUGUUGUUUGUUAGAGAACUGAUACCAUCAUCUUUGCUAAAUCAAAUAAGCCCCCCCCCCCUCCCUGCCAUCAAACAUGCUUCAAAUAAAUAAUAUGCCCCCAGGGGACUUGAUUGAGGAUUUACAGCAAAUAAUUACAAUUGUAGAGCAAGGCUGUGCUCUAAGGAAAAAUACAAGGGAGCCCAUGGUCAGUGCUUAUAUAGUGAACCUGUGAAAUUCAGGGUGCCCAGUGUAUGAUUUCUGUGCAAGAGCACAGCCUUGCAGUGUUUAAAUAAUGUGUAUGGAUAGCUAGUAGGCUAAGUGUAGGCUGAAUUUUUGAUAAACAGUGGCAAAAAUUAGAACCUGCCAUUAUUUUAAAUGGUAUUUGUUUCUUUAAGUAUGGUUGACUUAUAUGAAUUAUUAUUAUUUUAUUUAUUUUUUUGAUAUUUGUUCAUUUACACAACAAUACAAUUUUACAGUACAUUAGAAAAGUUAAAGUAAAAGAAAUCUACAAAAAAAGAGGUAUUGUCUUAUGAAGAGCUGGACCUCGUUACAUUGGCCAUCUUUGUCCAAAAUAUUCCUCUCUUGUUGAAUGUUACAAGAUCGUGUUUGGCUUAUAUUGGAUUUUGAGGAAUUCAAAAAAUAAUCCACUAGGGCAAAUCACUCGUAUAAGCUUUUAUUGUAAAUUAUCUAGAAUCAACUUUUUAAAUAUUCUUUUUUUUAAUGUAAUUAGUUAUUGGAACAAUUUACCUAGUAGUGUUGUUGAAGCCGGUUCCCUUGAACUUUUUAAAUGUAAACUCAAAUCCUUUUUUUAAAAAGUUGUAAUUUUUAUUGUUUGUUUGUUGUUUUUAGGAGAGUUUUAUUCAUAGGGUUAACCUCUAGACUCUCCCUUUCAAAUUCAUGUAGUUAUUAUGAGUUUGAAUAAACAUGUAUGUUAUGUUAAAUAUUGCAACUGGACCAAAAUACAAGAAAUUUAAAGAAAAAAUAUAUACAAAAAUAGGAGCAAUUCAUAUAUCAUUACACGAUAACAUUGAACUAAUUAAUUAACAGAUUUUUUCAGUAAGUCGAACUUAUUGAAGAGUGAGGAUUACGUAAAAUUCUUCCCAUGGUUUUGUAACUUACAUGUAUUAUACAUUUAUAUAAAGUAUAUACCUUUCAUCAGUAUAUUUUUCUUGACCUUUUUUUAUAUGCACCACUUAAUUUAUUCAAGUUUUCUCAACUUAUUUCACAGUGUUUGUAAAACAUAAGUGACUCAGCUUGGAAAUAGUCUGAAGAAUCCUUAAUACUCUGUCAAUGAUAGUUACUUUAAUUUAGGAUAAAAUCGAUUUAACUCUUCUAACCCCAAUGUCGACAAACAUAUGCUCUGUACUGACCUCCAUGCAUUUCAUCAAAGAUGUAUAGUUGAGAGGAUUUGUUUUAAAAAAUAUAUUUUUCCUACACUCACAUUUUAGGGGAAAUCAUAGGCUGUAGACUGUCAAGGGAGGAAGAGGACCAUUUAAAAUUAGAAGUUGAUCAAGAAAUAAGGGCCAUGCGGCCUACAGUAUCCCCAAACCUAUGCAGGUAUUUCAGUCAAUAAUCAAUGUGCAUAUUCUCUAUGCUGUUGUGGUGACUGGUUUUAAUUUGUUUUGUUUUGGAAUUGAUCCUACCAAAUAUAGAUUUUUGGUAAAAAGCAGCAAGAUUAUGCAAUAUUCUAUUGGUCCUUUGGCGGGGCUCAUCAUUUGUUACCUGUGAGGGGCGGGGGGUUCUCAUUUCGAGAAAUCUUAAAAGAUUUUCAAACUGACCCCCCAAUUCAUCGUAGUGAUGUCCCACCCGUUUGCCGUGGAAACUGUGAAUACCCUGGAUACUAAUCUUGCGGAAGUUCGCCACAUACUUUUUCUACAGUGGGUGUUUAUGGCUGUUACAUUCAAUUUCACAUCAUGCUCAUUACUGCUUUGUAAUACUUUCAUGACAUUUAUUAAAAUUACCCCCCAGGUAAUGCUCCCUUAUCUGAAAGUGACCCCCCAGCAAAAUGGCCACACCCUCUUCACAGGUAAUAAAUGACCAGCCCUUGAGAUCAAUAAUAUAUUAAUAUUUAUAUAAAAAUAUUUACUAUUGUCAUUAAAACAGUACAUAAUAAUGCGAUUAUUUUAUUAUGUACCAAAAGCAUUACUUAUAGAACAAGCAGCAUUAUAAUGCUACUUUAUGUCAUCUCACAACCUGCAGGGCUGUCACUAAGGUCUGGUUACCAGAGAUUUCCCCUCACUCACUCAACUAUUAGCACGACUCCUGGAUUUUACUUCCAUUCUAGAAAACAUAAGGAAAACAGAUCCAAAAGAACUUCUUAGCGCUAGCUAUUUAAUUCCCUGGCCAACUAAUUGUGCAAACCUAGCAAUGUGAAAUCUUACUGACAACCCUGCAAAACCAUAGAAGUCAAGUGCCCUCAAAUGGUUCCCAAAAUUAUAUGCCACACAUGCAAGGGAUACAUACUGUAAAUCCUCUAUUAAGCCCCCCCUCUCAAAUAAGGCCCCACCCUCUAAUUAGACCUCCCCCCUUUUCAGGGGAAGAAAGUUAAUAAGCCCCCCUCUCUAUUAAGCCCCCCUCCUCUUCCCUAAUUAUUCUUCACUAAUAAAUGAUAGCCUGUGUUAAUCAAUCACGACUGUAAAACUUCCUCUGGACUGAUCCGGGAUGGUUUAAUUACCAACUGGAAGUUCGGAUUUGAUUCUGAUCCUUGGCUGCAUGACCUUCAACUUCUUGUACUUGAGUUUUUCCACUUUGUAUUCUAGUUCUUUUUGAAGAAAUGAUACUCUUGUUGUUUCUAAAUUAAAUAAGCACUCAACCCCCCCUCAAAUAGGCUUGAAAUAUAUAAGCCCUCCAUUGGGCUUUAUAGAGGAUUUACGGUAUUUUACAAGUGACAACUUCCGGCAAAAAAUGGUCAUCAUUGAGGAUAUGGCAGAAAAAAAAUCUGGACAAACCCUAAAGACAGCUGAAGUAGAUCCCACCCUCCAUAAAACAGCGGUCCUCUUAGGUGGGUUACAUAUGUGUCCCUAGUAUGAAUUUCAAACCCCUUCUGCCUUCUCGUAUUGUCAUUGAGGAGGAAGCCAUGUCACUGUAAUUGCUAUAAAGUUUGAAAGAAAUAGAAUGCACAUUUUCUAGGGAUAAACUGCAGUCAUUGUAAGUUGUGGUUGCAUAAGCUCAGUAUCAUAACAACAUGGUUAAGUGCACGUCCUCCGGCCGUUUUGCCUUGGAUAAAACUAAGCGAAGGUAAUUAAAGGCAGAUAAAAGCAAAUGUUGAGGGACUGUUAUUAACUGGCGGCAACAAAUCAUAAUUGUUCUGUUUAAAGUUAAACCAGGACUAGACUGAGUGAACUGGAUCAAUGCCAUUUAAUUUGCUGUAAGAACCUGUAAAACUCCAAGUGACAUAAAACAAAGGAAACAAAGACGUCAACACAAUAGGACCUAGAAAAACAAAAGAUGCAAAACAAGGAAAAUUUUCACAUUAAGUUCUUACACCGAGGUAAACCCUUUGUUUUGGCAGGUUCACGGUGAUUCCCUUAAUGAAGGAAUCAAGUGCGUUUAUAAUUACAAUAAAAAUUGGAGCAGCGCCAAUAGGGGAAACUUAUAUGAACAGUUUAGAACAGGUAAGACCCAAGAGGGGUAACUGAGAAAAAAAAUUGUCAUUUUUUUGAAAAUGCGUAAAUACAAACAUACAAAUAAGUGCACAUUUAAAGUACAUUGCUCAGUAGCUUUCGUUUGAAUAGUCACACUUAAGGAUUUCGUUCACAGACUCGAAAGUUAGAACCACCCGUACAGCACAAUAAACAGUACCACAGGAAAGUACUGCUUAGUAGCUUUCAUUUGAAUGGUCACACCAUAGGAUUUCGUUCACAGACUCAAAAGCUCAAAAGUUAGAACCACCUUGUACAGCAUAAUAAACAGUACCACAGGAAAGUACUGCUCAGUAGCUUUCAUUUGAAUGGUUACACCAUAGGAUUUCAUCCACAGACUCAAAAGUUAGAACUACCUUGUACAGCGUAAUAAACAGUAUCACAGGAAAGUACUGCUCAGUAGCUUUCAUUUGAAUGGUUACACCAUAGGAUUUCUCCUCAGACUCAAAGGUUAGAACCACCUUGUACAACAUAAUAAACAGUAUCACAAUCCUGAACGUAAUGCUCAGCAGCUUUUGUUCAGUUGUUUCCUCUGCAAAACAAGAGCUAUUUCUUUCCUGUGUAGUACAUCAAACUUAUUAAAGUGCUACACCAGUCCAGUAGCUUAUCUUUUGAAUGGUUACACUAUAGGAUUUAAAGUGCAUUCAUAAUUUUGGAUACAAAGAAAAAUGAGAGAUCCUAUUUUUAUAUAUAUAUAUAAUUUUAAAAAGUUUCUUAUUUAUUUAUUUAUAUAUUUAUUUCACUAGGACGUCUUGAACCCGAAAUGAAUGAAAAUCUUUCUCUUAAGAAGUCUUUUCAAACUAUUUGUAAAGACGAACUUCUUGGAUGCUUCAGUGAUUGAUUCCAAACUGCUAUCUCCAAAAAAGUGUUUUAACCCUGCUAGCUCAAAAAACUGAUUUGAGGUGGUUGACAAUUAUGUGGGUGUGUUUUUUGGUUUUAGAUGUUCGUCGUCAGAAAGAGGGAGUUAUUUGGUCCUCUUAUCCCCCAGGAGAUUAAAGAACUAGUGAUAGCAAAAUAUCGCGAGGUUGGUGAAAAAAAAGGUCUUUUAACUUUGCCAUAAAUCUUUAAUAGGCCAUUUCUGUUUCUAUAAAGCGAGGGUACAUGCGAAGCAAUCGAUACGAAAAUGGUCUUUUUAUUGUCAUGAAAAUGAAACUCAUCUUCAUAAGAAAGGUUUUUCAAUCAUGUUCCCUCGCUUAGACUGUUUUGAAAGUAAAAGUUUUACGCAUUCCGAAAUGGCCUAUUGCGGGAGUCCUCAGGAGCCCGCCAUACUCUUCUCCAGGUAGUUUGUUCCAGGCGUUUAGAUAGUGGGGAGCAAAAAUCGUACGCGGCCAGCGCAAAGAGAAACACGAGGGGAAAAAAACGAGGGGAGACUGGGGCGGGAGCGAGAAAACCUUUUCCCGCCCAAUAUUUUCCCUCGUCAAUUUUUCGCCGGCGCCCUAAUUUUUUGCCCGCUCCCCACCAUCCGAACGCCUGGAACAGGCUAUUCUCCAGGUUACUAUUACAAAGCGCGGAGUCAGAAUCGUAAGCACUGGGUCGAGAUGCAUAGAACACAUUCUGAUCACACGUGUUUGGACAUUUUAUGACGUGAAACUUACGCAAAGCACUGCGUUGAGUCAGUGCGUUAUUUGCAUUGAUUUUUCUCUUACACUCCCUAAGCUGUGAUUAUUACAAGUUUUUAUGAAUAAUAAGCCCAUUGUUUUGCCGAGUAGACUGAGUAGUAACUGUUUCUGUUGGUUUCCUUUAAACCAAACGAGAAGCGUGAGGGCAUGGAGUGAAAAAUGAGUAAAAAUGACGGGGGUGUUUAGUACGUGAUACCAGAACGACAGUUUGCACCGGCGCGAAAUCAGAACGGUGCCCUGUGAUAAUUCUGUGUUUGUUUACAACAUACCACUCACAAAAUAUCAUACCGGUGCCAGGUCAACCUGGUUGCUAUACGGGGGCGAAAAUUUCGUUCCAGUGCGAAUAAUGUAAAGCGAGGAACGACCACGCCUUAUGAAAUCGAGCUCCCAAUGGAGUGGAACAGAUAGCGCAUGCGUAGUUUUCGUCAAUGUCACGAUGGACUUGGGGCGGGAAGAAACGUGUACAUGUGUAAACGCGUUACGAAAUCAAGACACCACACGGUAUGAAACCAGCGCCGGUUAAAGUUUUCUCAUGCAAUCACCAUCUUACUAGUCCCAUUAACACCAUGCCAUCGCGCUUAUCCGGCGCUUCUCCUUCGCCGCUAAAAGGAAACCGAAACCACUGCUAUGCAGGCUAAAUAGAGAGGGAAGUGGAACGGAAUGUUAAUGGAAACACCUUACUCGACUACAAAAUUAUAGCAAAGAGAGAAACUAGCAGAGUGGAGUUGCCUUUUUCCGUUUCAGCACUCAACUCCAUUUGAACGUUUUGGAGUUCCUCCGGUUCAGUUCUUGUUUUGGACCUUUUGUGUGCCCCAAGACCUCCUGAUUUUAGCCACCUAAAAUGAGAGUACAGUAUGUCUCCAGCGUUCAGUAUUCGACAUCCCCAAAAUAUGUUAAAAUACAGUGGAACCUACAUGUGUGACAACCACAAUGUUCCUAAACUUCAAAGUAGCUUAGUUUGAACCACUCAAGAACCAUCAUCUCUAAAGUGACAUCGACCAUUUGGGGGGUUGACGGUUUUACAAUUUUCCGUUGUUUUUAACGUAUUGUUGGCAAAUGCCAAAUGAUAAGUGAUCUCCACUGUAUGUAUUGAUGUCCACUGUAUGUAUUUUGCUCCCGGGGGGGAGGGGGGUACUGCCACAUAUGGGCUAUAUAGGUAUGUGCCGCUGUGAGGGGUAUGGUUUGAAGCAGUUUUCUCUGGGAUAGGGUAUAUAAAUCAGAGCGUUUGGGUCUAGAAUAGGGUAUCAUUCUUCAGCAAACUGAUCAGUUGGUUGAAGAUUUUAUCUGGACUAGGGGAACAGCUACUCUAGGAUAGGGGGGAUUUGGGGAGUUUAUUACACUUUGAACGACCACUAAAUCUUGUAUUUUGGAGCUUACAAUAAUAAUAACAAUACUGACAAUCUUUAUACAGGGAGCUCACUUCACAAAGAGUGAUAUUCAGUGAGGCCCUGUAAAACAAUAGAAAAAUAAAUGAUCCGUGUUAGAUUAAUGAAUACGUAUACGUAGGCUCGAUUACCAGCCGCUGUUCGGGAAAAUGAGCCCCUACUCAUCCCCUCUUCGAGAAGGAUCAAAGACCGGACCCGGGAGAAGGCGGAAAUCGAGCCUAAUGAAUACGUAAUAGUAAUAAUAAGUAAAAAGUUAAGAACUAAAAACCUAAAUUAUACAAGCCACAAGUUAAAAAUGUUAAAAUGUCAGAUAGAUUAAAAUAUUAAAAGCUAUAAAAUAUGGAGCUUUUAGUGUUCUGUUUAAAAAGAAGAAGAGAGUUCAUUCCUUUAAACGAUGCGUCUAAAAUGUUCCAUUCCUUAGCGCAUUGAUAAAAAAGUCUCUCCUUUCCGUAAUUCCUUUUAACGAGAGGAAGACGGAAAUCGUUCCUUCUCAGUCUGGUGUUACAACUAUGGAUGUCUGAGUUUUUCAAAAUAUUAAAAUUGUGAUCCACAAGUCCGUGAAUGUACUUAAAAGUGGUUCGACUGUGAAAUUAACGUAUUAUUUUGCUUUCAACAGGAGAUAAGCUCAUCUGCUGGUCUGCUUAGCCCUGCUAAGGAGACUUAGGAUAAGGAGAGGAGGAGGAUAAGGAGGCAUACAUCCACCGUAUAGCUAAAAAGAUGGCGACUGGUACAUUUACCCACAGUUGUUAGC